AUGGUGUUCAGCAAUGUCGGCGAGAUAAUGCAACACGCUUUUGAACAUGCUAAACCGAUAAUUCCAGCAGAUUCUGUUCCUCCCAAAGAAGCAGACUCCAAGAAAGCUACAAUGGAUCACCACAAGCUCAAAUAUGGUCAGAACACCUGCAAGAGAUGUGGUGGCAUGUUUCUUAAGCGAAUCGACUUGGAAAAUUACUUGGCUCAUGAUCACGGACUUCAGCUAGAGUGUUCAAAGCCAGAUUGUCAUCACAAAGCCACAACUCCCCUCGGAUUUGCACUUCAUUAUCUCUCGUGUAGUAUGGUAAAAUGCAAGAAGUGUGAAGGAUCUUUUGACAAGGACAAGGAUCCCGAACUCAAAGCACACAUGGCUGAGUCUCAUUCGACAAAAUUAAUCUUCGGCUGUGUUCAACGUACUAGAACUUUCCAAUCGUCGGAUGCUGUUGCACAACAUUACUCUGCCGAGCAUGCAUUCAUUUGCGCAGCUUGCCCGGGAACCUUUUUCAUUAACUCUGCUACUAGGGAGCGACAUUUUGCAACUUGCGGUAGUACAUCGGAGACAUCAGACUCAGGCGAAAGUUUCCAAACAUCGCGCACUGGAUUCUUGCCACUGAUGCAAAUGAAGCCUUUGCCAGUUUUGAAAAUAUGUCCACCUUCAACUCAAGCACAAGUUCAGAUCCACGAAGAGCCUUUCUCUCCAGCCCUGCUACUGCCACUGACCCAAAGCACAAGUUCAGAUCCACGAAGAGCCUUUCUCUCCAGCCCUGCUACUGCCACUGACCCAAAGCACUCAAGACCUUAA